AUGGAAACCUUCAAAUCUGGGGAUAAAAAGAGGGUCCUUCCCACAUGGAUGACAGCCCAGGUGGCCGAGAAGAGAAAGGUGCCCGUGAAGACCCCGAAAGCGAGGACAUCGGCAGCAAUGCCAAGGGCUGCCGCCGCAAGACUUCCUGCCACGAGGACUGUGUACUGCAUGAGUGAGGCCGAAAUGGUGGAUGUCGCCCUGGGGAUACUGAUUGAGGCCCGGAAACAGGAACAGCCCUUGGAGCCACCGACUCCGGCUGGUGCUGAUAAGCCGGAGCUGUCCCGGGCCCACUCCGCUUUGUCACCGUCACCGAGCUCUCCUGGGAGCAGAAGUGAGGACGAGGACAAUGAGAAAGACGCCCUUCCUCCAGGCCACAGCCCUCAGGGGCCCGCGGGGUCUGACUCUGCCCGCAGCAGAAGCCCCGAGGAGGACGAGGACAUGUUAAAAUACGUCAGGGAAAUAUUUUUCAGCUGA